AUGGCUAGAGUGCUUCUCACAUGUCACCUAUGGCAAUGGAUCUGCGUGUGUUUUCUGCUUCUUGUCAAUGUACACCAUGUAACUUGUUUUUACCUUCCUGGUGUUGCACCCGAGGAUUUCCACAAGGGGGAUCUAUUGAGGGUGAAAGUGAACAAACUAACUUCCACCAAAACACAGCUUCCUUACUCAUACUAUUCACUACCUUAUUGUAAUCCAGAUCAAAUUGUUGACAGUGCUGAGAAUCUUGGUGAAGUUCUCAGGGGUGACCGCAUCGAAAACUCUCCAUAUGUGUUUAAAAUGAGAGAACCACAGAUGUGCAAUGUUGUUUGUCGUCUAACUCUUAAUGAAAAAACAGCCAAAGAGUUCAAGGAAAAGAUAGAAGAUGAAUAUCGGGUCAACAUGAUUUUAGACAAUCUUCCUUUGGUUGUUCCCUUAAGACGGCCUGAUCACGAAUCUUCCUUAGUGUAUCUGCAUGGAUUCCUCAUUGGUCUUAAAGGACAGUAUGCUGGAAACAAGGAUGAAAAGUAUUUCUUGCACAAUCACUUGACAUUUGUGGUUAAGUAUCAUAGAGAUCCAGUGACAGAGAUGUCAAGGAUAGUAGGCUUUGAGGUUAAACCUUUCAGUGUAAAGCAUGAAUAUGAAGGUGAAUGGGAUGAGAACACCCGUUUAACAACCUGUGAUCCUCAUGCAAAAAGGAUAGUCUCAGGCUCUGAACCUCCUCAAGAGGUUGAACACAAGAACGAAAUUAUUUUUACCUAUGAUGUUGAGUUCCAGGAGAGCGAUGUGAAGUGGGCAUCUCGCUGGGACUCCUAUCUUCUAAUGGCAGAUGACCAGAUUCACUGGUUUUCAAUUAUUAAUUCUUUAAUGAUUGUGCUUUUCCUAUCUGGCAUGGUGGCUAUGAUAAUGUUGAGAACACUUUACCGUGACAUCUCUAAGUAUAAUCAAUUAGAGAGCCAAGAGGAAGCUCAGGAAGAGACAGGGUGGAAACUUGUGCAUGGGGAUGUUUUCAGGCCUCCUUUAAACUCAGAUUUACUGUGUGUUUAUGUUGGAACAGGUGUUCAGUUUUUUGGAAUGAUUCUUGUGACCAUGAUCUUUGCUGCACUUGGAUUUCUGUCUCCCUCAAAUAGAGGGGGGUUGAUGACAGCCAUGCUCUUACUCUGGGCCCUCAUGGGACUAUGUGCUGGAUAUUCUUCAGCGCGUCUUUAUAAGAUGUUCAAAGGAACAGAAUGGAAGAAAAUAACUCUCAAAACGGCUUUUAUGUUUCCUGCAACUGCUUUUUCAAUAUUCUUUGUCCUAAAUGCUCUAAUUUGGGGCGAAAGGUCUUCUGGGGCUGUGCCAUUUGGUACAAUGUUUGCUCUUGUUUUCUUAUGGUUUGGCAUCUCAGUUCCACUUGUAUUUGUUGGUGGUCACAUAGGUUUUAAGAAGCCAGUGAUUGAGGAUCCUGUAAAGACAAACAAGAUUGCUAGGCAGAUCCCAGAGCAGGCUUGGUAUAUGAACACAGUCUUUUCUGUAUUAGUAGGAGGCAUACUCCCCUUUGGUGCUGUCUUCAUUGAGCUUUUCUUCAUUCUCACAUCUAUCUGGUUACAUCAGUUCUAUUAUAUAUUUGGUUUCCUAUUCAUUGUGUUCCUCAUCCUCAUUGUUACUUGUGCUGAGAUCACAAUAGUUCUCUGCUACUUCCAGCUUUGUAGUGAGGACUACCUUUGGUGGUGGAGAUCAUAUCUGACUUCAGGUUCCUCCGCACUCUACCUUUUCCUAUAUGCUGCAUUUUACUUCUUCACAAAGCUUGAGAUCACAAAACCAGUAUCUGGAGUCUUGUAUUUCGGGUACAUGCUGCUUCUUUCAUAUGGUUUCUUCGUGGUGACUGGUACAAUUGGUUUCUAUGCAUGCUUCUGGUUCACAAGGCUAAUCUACUCCUCAGUGAAAAUUGACUGA